AAAAAAAUUUUCUCGCAUGAACACACUCUCUAUACAUAUUCUCAACUCCAAAAACAUCACAAACAAGGUGACAAGGGUCUUGCCAAAGAUGAUGAUACUGGAUUCAAGGGGCAUCCUGAAUGCUACUUCUGCAGAACCAGUUUCUAUGACAAUGAUGAACUGUAUACACAUUGUCGCGAUAAGCAUGAGCAAUGUCAUUUGUGCGUUCGUCGUGGUGUUCAACAUGAAUAUUUUGCAAAUUACGAUAGUAUGGAAAAACAUUUUAAGAAAGAGCAUUACAUAUGCCAGUACCGUGAGUGUCUUGACAAAAAAUUUGUUGUAUUUGAAAGUGAUAUUGACCUUAAGGCUCAUGAGGUAAGUCUC